GCGCCUCGCCACCGCUUCCUCUUGUCGCCCGCCUCUCUCAUCGACCCUAGGCGCGCCGCCUCGCCGCCGCCGAUCCCGCAGCCGUCGAUCCUGGCCGCUCCGAUAGCCGGUCAGUCCGUCCCCAUCAUCCCCUCGCUAUCGAUCGCCUCCGACUUGCGUGGUUUUCCGGCGCUUGCACGGCCGCGACGCGACUACUCUUGGAGUCAUAGUUCGUGGAUUGUCAAUCGAAAGAGGGCUACUUGAUUGUUUGGAAUCUACUUUUAUAGUUGAUUCCAAGCAUGGAAAGUCUACCAAAUGGUUCAGUAAACAAUGCGGAGCAUAACCAGGAAAACAAGAAGUCCAUGGAUGCUAGUGUGCCUGAAGAAGUACAAGAUGUUUUUAUUUACAGAGAAGAUGUUGUGAGCUUGAAGUCCAAGGAGGAUGUCCGUGGAUUAGUUUUAGAGGUAGCUGGGGAAUAUGAUUCUGAAGGUAGCAUCACUGAUGAUGAUAUUGAUACUGAGGAACAUGAAGAUAAAACUGUUCGUGGAGCAGAAAAUGGUGCUGCUGAUGGUGAUAAUGCUAGUAAUGGAGCUGAAGUUGAAAGCCAGAGUUCUUUGCCGGAUAACAAAGUUCGAGUGUUAUGGCUUGAUGAUAGUGAAAAAACAGAAGACAUUGAUGAGGUAGUUGUUGUUGAUAGAAGUUUCCUUCAUGGUGAUUUAGUUGCCUCUGCCUCAGAUCCAACUGGUCAGAUGGGGCUUGUUUUGGAUGUCAAUCUUGUGGUUGAUUUGCAAGGUGUGAAUGGCGAUAUGAUAAAGGGUGUUUCUUCCAAGGAUUUGAGACGAAUCAGGGAAUUCAAUGUGGGUGAUUAUGUUGUCUCUGGGCUAUGGCUUGGUCGAGUUGAUGAAGUGCUCGAUAGUGUUAAUGUGCUUUUUGACGAUGGCUCUGUCUGUAAAGUCAAUAGAGCAGAUCCUAUGUGCUUAAAGCCAGUAUUUGGCCCAAUGCAUCCAGAUACAGAUUGUCCUUUUUAUCCAGGACAGCGUGUGAAGGCAGUGUCAUCAUCUGUUUUCAAAACAUCAAGGUGGCUUAAUGGAUUGUGGAGAGCAAGUCGUCUUGAAGGUACUGUCACAAAAGUGGAAAGUGUUUCUGUUAUAGUCUAUUGGAUUGCAUCUGCACACUUUGCUUCAGAUCAGCAACCUGUUCCUCCAGAGAAGCAGAACCCAAAGGACCUUACUCUUCUGUCUUGUUUCUCUUAUGCAAACUGGCAAUUAACUGACUGGUGUCUUCCUCACCGAUACACUUUAUGUACUAAUGAUACCGUGAUUAAUUCUGAUAAGCAUACAGGUCAGAUCUGUACAUGCCCAGAAAGCUCAGUUCCACUGUCUGAUAUUCCAGAAUCUCAAGCUGAUGUUCAGACUGAACAAGAUCAAAUGACUGAUACAGAUGCAGGUCAUAGGCAAAUAGAUGUUGAUUCUACUGCAGAUGGAUUGAGUAUGUCGGACGGAGAUAAUUCAUGCAUAGCCAAAGAAUCAGAAACUAGUGUAUCAAGCAUUCUAAAGGAGCCACAGGACAAUGCAACAUCUAGGAAAAAGCUUAGGAAAGUGUCCCUAAAAAAACAUAAAAGAACGAAAAAAAGAGACGACAGCUUUGAGCGAGCUCUACUCAUUGCAAAUACUUGUACCAAAGUUGAUGUAAUCUGGCAGGACGGGACAAAGGAAUGUGGGGUAGCCGCAACAUCGUUGAUUCCUAUCCACAAUCCAAAUGACCAUGAGUUCUUCCCUGAGCAGUAUGUUGUGGACAAGGUCACAAAUGAUGUUGAUGAUUCUUCUGAACCAAGGCGUGUGGGUCUUGUUAGAAGUGUUAGUGCUAAGGACCGAACAGUAACUGUAUCAUGGUUUAAGCCUUCGCUACAUCCAGAGGAGACAAAGAAUAUCGUGUGUAAUGAAAUUGUGAGUGCAUAUGAACUGGAUGGCCAUCCGGAUUAUGAUUAUUGCUAUGGAGAUAUUGUCGUUCGCUUGCCGCCUGUCUCACCUGUAAUUGAAUCAACCAAUAACAAGGAUCAAAUGGAACUAGAUAGGACGGUCGAUGCCUCGGAAGGAUUUGCUGCCUCAAAUGAUGCACCCUCUAAUACUAGUGCAAGUGAACAACUUUUGCAGAAGGAAUCCUGCUCGCAGUUUACAAGCCUCUCAUGGGCUGGAAAUAUAGUUGGCUUUCAAGACGGUGAGAUUGAAGUCAUUUGGGGUGAUGGGUCGAUUUCAAAGGUUGGGCCUCAUGAAAUAUAUGUUGUUGGCCGUGAAGAUGAUGAUGCCUCACUAGAUGACGGAACAGCCUCUGAUGGUGCUAGCUGGGAGACUGUUGAUGACAAUGAAAUGGAUGUACUUGAUGAUUCUGCAAAGGAUGAUUCACAAAGCAUACCUGAGAAUAGCAUUGAAAGGGAAGAUGGUUCAUUCAGCUCCCAGAAUGGAAGUUCUGUUGCAACUGGUCCCCUUUCAGUUGCUUUUGGGUUUGUGACCCGACUAGCGAGUGAUCUCUUCGCUCGAGGUAGAAGGCAUUUAGAUAGAUCGUCAAACUCGGAUGCUAUGGAUGAAGUUGAGUCUCACCAGUCUAAUGAAGUUUCAGAAACUAGUGAUGACAUUGAUAAGAUUAAUGAGAAUAAUGUGGAAUCGCCAGAGGAUGCUGCAGUAAUAGAAAACGAUUCUUCUGUCGAGAAGUCUGUAGAUGUGGUCAUGGCUGAUAAUCUUGUAGAUUUGGAAUGUUUCAAACACUUUGAUAUUCUGCAAUGUCCUCCAGACCACCAUUACCUUGAAAACAUAGCCCAGGGCACGGGUGGAAGAAAGUGGGUAAAAAAAGUACAGCAGGAAUGGAGCAUACUUGAGAAGAACCUACCAGACUAUAUUUAUGUCAGAGUCUUUGAGGAUCGCAUGGAUCUCUUGAGAGCCGUGAUUGUUGGAGCAAGUGGAACACCCUACCAAGAUGGCCUGUUCUUCUUUGAUUUCUACCUUCCACCUGAGUAUCCGCAAGUUCCUCCGUCAGCAUACUACCAUUCUGGUGGUUUGCGUGUAAAUCCAAACCUGUAUGUGGAUGGAAAGGUUUGCUUAAGUCUCUUAAAUACUUGGACCGGCAGAGGGAACGAAGUGUGGGACCCAUCAUCAUCAAGUAUUCUACAAGUACUGGUUUCACUUCAGGGAUUGGUUCUCAAUGAAAAACCCUAUUUUAAUGAGGCUGGGUACGAGAAGCAAGUUGGUACUGUUGAAGGGGAGAAGAAUGCAGUGCCGUAUAAUGAGAAUACGUACCUGCUGAGCGUGAAAUCCAUGCUGUAUAUAUUGAGACGGCCUCCUUUGCAUUUUGAGGAUUUUGUGAAGAGCCAUUUCCGCAAGCGUGGCCACUACAUCCUUAAAGCCUGUGAGGCAUAUUUGCAAGGAAAUGUUGUUGGCACUCUCACUGACGACGCAUGCACCACCAACAGAAGCACGGAGCACUCGAGCUCUGUCGGCUUCAAGCUUGCACUAGCAAAGAUUUUACCAAGGUUGAUUACAGCCCUGAAGGAGCAUGGAGCUGAUUGCGACCAAUACGAGCACCUUGGCAAAACAGACCCCGUUAGAGAGAGCUGAUCAUUGAGUGACUUGUACUUGGAUCUUUUGCCUUUUAUAUCUGUUCUUUUUUCGGGUUUCAGAAAAGAUGGUGACUUAAUACCACCAGGCUGUUUUCGUAUAAAUGUACAUUCAAAGUUUGUUGUUUCCGUCAAACAUUUGGAAAAUAUGGCCCCAAAUGAUUUAUUCGAU